AUGGGACACGCCAUCUUCACGGAGGACGGCGUGGAGCAGAACAACGUGGUGCAGUACAACUUAGCCGUGUACACCAGGACCUCCUCUUCCCUCCUCAAUGUGGAUGUGACGCCCUCCUCCUUCUGGAGAGAGAGGGAUAGACUGGGAGGGAGGGAGAGGGAGUGUACCAUAACCUCCUCCUCCUCCUCCUUCUGGGUGGUGAACCCCAACAACGUGUUCCGUCACAAUGCGGCAGCUGGCAGCACACACUUUGGCUACUGGUACAGGCUGGAGCGCCACCCCUCAGGCCCCUCUGCCACCAACAGCUACUGCCAGAAUAAUGAACAGAUGGGGCAGUUCUACAAUAACACAGCACACUCCAUGGGAAGGUACGGUCUGUGGGUGUUCUCCAUGAAUGGCUACUUCCCCAAGUCUGGCAACUGUAAAGGAAGAGAUGAGGUGGCUCGGUGGGAGGGUUUCACAGCCUGGCACUGUGACCGAGGUGCUGAGGUGGUGUUUGGUGGCGCUCUUCAGUUCCACGACUUUGUGAUGCUCGACAAUGAACAUGCUGGCAUAGAGAUGGUCAAGGUGGAUGGAGGCUUUGGCGAGGAUGAUGGGCCCGGUGUCUUCAACUCCCUGGUGGUGGGGCACUCGGCUCUCAGCUCGGGCUCCUGUGGCAACGGGGCGAGUGGCAUCAUCGCCCCCAAGCAGUACCUCUUCAGUAUCUCCGACGUCACCUUCGUCAACUUCGACACAGGCACCUGCUCUGCCCUGUCCGGCUGCUCUCAGUGCAAGGUGUUCCAGGGAGGCUUCCAGGUGCAGACCAAGGGACUCACCUUUGACAACUCACCCAAUAAGCUCAAGUUCUUGUGGGAGCAUGAGACAAUCUGGAUAGACGCUGAUGGCUCACUGACAGGAACGGUGGAGGCAAACGUUGUUCCUAACAUGGGAAUCUUGCCCCCAUCCUCCUGUACUGAAGACUCUGCUUUUGCUGUCAAUUCUCAGUUCCCUGGGGUGGUCUGCACUGGCCUUAAGUUUGCCAGGUUCAACAUAAAGGGACCGGACACUGAACCUACCUCCCUUCAAGCCCGGGAUCUGAUUGUUACUAAUGAGCAUGGGAGCACUGCAGUCCCUUACCAAGUGAAGCGUCUCACCACGGAGGGAUGGAUGGGCAUCGUCUACACUGGUGCUACCUACGAUUGGAGCUUUGAUUACUCAGAGCAGAUCACCAACAUUUCCUACGUGGCUGAGACGAGACAUCUGGCCGCUGGGGACCAUUACUUCGUGCGCCACACCUUCAUGCAGACACCAGAUGGCUUUGGGACAACUAAUGACGAGAGGGAGAGUUUGGAUGCCCUGCCAGAUCCUGCCACCAAUGUCCAUGGGGACUUCUACUGGGACACAGACACCAGGGAACUCACCUAUUUGGUGUCCCAUACUGUGGAGUCAGCCAGACACCAACGCACUGUGUUUGAUGACCGAGUGUCAGGCGAAAAGAGAAAGAUUUCUUUCCGUGUUUACAGGUUGCCAACAGGAAGACCAGGCACAACCUUCCGGUGGUCUGACGUGGAGACCUGGAAGGAGGUGCCUGUGGGGUCUGGCGGCCACCCCACGGAGGAGGAAUACAAUCUGCCUGUAGAUGGAGACGAGAUUAUCAUUCCUAAGGGGAUGUGGCUCAUCGUUGACACUAUCACACCCAAGCUGGCCCGUGUGUAUGUGUACGGCACCAUUGAGUUUGAUGACACAAUGGAUCACGAUUUUGAGGCAACUAUUAUUUACAUCCAGACAGGGACCUACACUCCUAUAGCCCUGUUAACACUCCUUGCUUCUGUCACUUCCUCUUAA